AUGACAGAGAACAACCGCUCCUUAACGACUGAGUUUAUCCUCACAGGAUUUUCAGGUCACCCAGAGCUGAAGACCCUUCUCUUUGUGGUCUUUUUUACCAUCUAUCUGAUCACCAUGGUGGGCAAUCUUGGGCUGGUGGUGUUGAUUUACAUGGAGCGUCGUCUUCACACGCCAAUGUACAUCUUUCUGGGCAACCUGGCUCUGAUGGAUUCCUGCUGCUCCUGUGCAAUUACCCCCAAGCUGGCCAUUACCCCCAAGAUGUUGGAGAACCUCUUUUCUAAGGACAGAAGGAUUUCCCUCUAUGAAUGUAUGGCACAGUUUUACUUUCUCUGCCUUGCUGAGACUGCGGACUGCUUUCUCCUGGCAGCGAUGGCUUAUGAUCGCUAUGUGGCCAUUUGCAACCCCCUGCAGUACCACACCAGGAUGUCCAGGAAACUCUGCAUUCAUAUGACCACAGGAGCCUACAUAGCUGGAAAUCUGCAUUCCAUAAUUCAUGUGGGAUUUCUGUUUAGGUUAGCUUUCUGUGGGUCUCACAUAAUCGAUCACUUUUUUUGUGACAUUCUUCCAUUGUACAGACUCUCCUGUGUUGACCCUUAUAUCAAUGAAUUGAUGGUACUUAUAUUAUCUGGGUCAAUUCAAAUCUCCACUAUUACUGUAGUUUUGAUUUCUUAUCUCUGCAUCCUUUUCACAAUAUUCACAAUGAAAUCCAAAGAGGGACGUGGUAAGGCCUUAUCAACCUGUGCAUCUCACUUUCUCUCUGUCUCAAUAUUCUAUGGCUCUCUUCUCUACAUGUACAUUAGACCAAGUUCAUUUAAAGAAGGGAAUAAGGAUAUACCUGUUGCUGUUUUUUAUACUCUAGUAAUUCCUUUAUUAAACCCUCUUAUUUAUAGUCUAAGAAAUAAAGAAGUAAUAAAGGUAAUGAAAGGCAUUAUGACAAAGAAAAAAAUGUGCAACAUAUUAAAACCAGUAUCUCCUGUGGAAAAUUAA